UCUGCUGCUCUUCAGUGUUUCUGCUACAACAUCCACAAUACAUCAUGAUGUAGAGCAGCCAGAAGCGCUGACUUUAUUGUCCAGAUCAGAUAAGGUCCAGUAAAGACCGAUCAGAUCUGUUUAUUCACUGCCUUUCCCUUUCUCCGUGUUACUUACAACACUAACUAGUCUCCAUACUUACAGUAAAGCUAGCGGAUUUUUGCUGAAGUGUCUCCUACCAGUUUGCCCAGUUUGCCCAGUUUGACCGGUUCUCGUCUCUCACAGUUGAACAAUAAUUAAACUCGGUGUUAAAACACACAGAAACAAUGAGUGUGACAGCAUAGCUAUGGGUACUCAGUAUAGCCACUGUUGUAAAAAACCUAGUCUGUGGUUUUAUAUACACUAUAUAGUGAGGUUUGUGGACAUCUGACCAUCACACUUUGUGUUUUUGAACAUCCCAUACUGGAUUUUGUCCUGCUUUGCUGUUAUUAUGACCCCUGCUCUUAUGGAAAGGCUUUUCACUAGAUUUUGGAGUGUGGUUGUGCAGUAAAAUGCAGAGUAAGGAUCAGGACGUCCUCGCUGGUGCUGGAAGGCUGCUGCAGGAUCUGAACGCUGAAGAUGGAAGAUGUUUUCUUGCUUGCGUUUAGAUGAUCUGAUGACUUUUUUAAUUUAGACACCUUAAAAAAGGAAAUAAAAGCCAGGAAGAGAGAUGCACAGCUGGAGGUGUUAUUUCUCAAGGCUCAUGCGUCUCUCGGUGCGCUGGGUCCGUCUGUGUCCUCGGCAGAGACCAGGCAGGCGACCUGGACCGCUCCGGCAGUUAUGGAGCUACGGAAAAAUCAUCUUCAACUCCCUUUACUUUAACGUCCUCACCAACUGGGACACGGUGCUCGACUCCAUCUUCGAACCGGUUUACUGGUUGGUGGACAACCUGACCCGCUGGUUUGGGGUGGUCUUCGUGUGUAUGGUGAUUGCUCUCACCACGUCUGUAGUACUGAUCGUCUACCUCUGCGUCCUGCCGCUGAUCGUCCGCACUUACCCGGCUCACUGGAUCCUCUGGCACCUGUGCUACGGUCACUGGAAUCUUGUGAAUAUUGUGUUUCACUACUACAAGGCUAUCACCACAUCGCCUGGACGUUCUCCGCAGGAAAAGACCGACAUUCCAACAGUGACGAUUUGUAAGAAGUGUAUCGUUCCCAAACCGGCCAGGACGCACCACUGCAGCAUCUGCAACACGUGUGUUUUAAAAAUGGACCAUCACUGUCCCUGGUUAAAUAACUGCGUCGGUCAUUUCAACCACCGCUACUUCUUUUUCUUUUGUCUUUAUAUGACCAUGGGCUGUAUCUACUGCAGCAUCAGCGCCAAAGACAUGUUCUUAGAAGCUUACUACGCCAUCGAGAGCUACUAUCAGACUCCUCCACCCAAUUUCACUUCAGAGGAGAAGAUUUUCCAUAAGAGCCUUCUGUACCUGUGGGUGCUCACCAGCUCCGUGGCAGUGGCUCUGGGAAGCCUGACCAUCUGGCAUGCUGUACUCAUCACCAGAGGAGAGACGAGUGUAGAGAGACACAUUAACCGCAAAGAGAGAAAACGCCUGAAGCAGAUAGGCAAGGUUUUCAGGAAUCCAUAUCAUCAUGGAAGAAUAAAUAACUGGAAAAUGCUGUUUGGUGUGGAGAGAACAAGUCAUUGGAUAACGCGGGUGCUGUUACCCUCCAGUCAUCCUCCUCACGGUGACGGACUGACAUGGGGCUGUCCUCCAUACAGACAAGACACCAUGGACACCAUAUAAAGGAUCCGUUUCAAACCAGCAGAUUUCUCAGUGCAAUCAUCUGCGCUUCUGUUAACUGUAUGACUUUUUGAGUCUUAACUGUAAGUGACUGAUUGAUUGUAUGUGCCAAAGAUUUGCUGCAAAAUGAUCUUUACUGGAUGUGUGGGAGUAUUUUGUGCGAUUUGUGAGAAACACAUCAUCCUUCUGAAGUAUUUUAGUGGGUGAAGGAUUCGAGUUCUGUACAUUUCAUUGAAAAAUUGUAUCGAGAGGUCCAUUUCUGUGUGAUUUGCUCAUUUUCUGGAGGUAUUUUUUAUAGUGUGCAUUUAAGUAUUGGGAAAGUUUUCAUUUUAAUGAACUCAGUAGAGUUCAGUAGAGCUCAGUUUUCAUUAAACAAUUCUAUCUUCAAUUUGAUUUAAUUUUUGUUUUUUUAAAUUCUUCAUGGUUAAAACAUUUUGGAUGCUAUUGAAUGAUGAGGAUCAGCUGCUGACGAGACUGAAAAACAUUUCAUUAAUGAACAUCAAAAUGAUCAUGAAUGUAAAAAAAAGUAUACAUAUAUCGGAGCUGUGCUCCAGACAGCUAAGCAGUUUUGUAAAAAAAUAUAUAAA